AUGAUGGACUCCAUUAAUAAUUAUUUUUUUCAAAAUUCACUUAUAGAUAGAACUAUGGGGCCUUUAAAUGGAGGAUCAUCAAUAAUUAUAGCAAACCAUCCACAGUUACAAGUAUCAAAUAGUAAUUUUACUGGAGGAGUACAUAAUAAUAUGAAUAAUAUUGUGCCUACAGCAGUAAUGGCUAACCUUACUAAUAAUAUGUUGGUGGUUGAAAGUGCUGCUGGAUCAUUAGGUUUAACAGACCUACCAACAUUAAAGGAAUUAGCUCAUAGAUUUUAUCAAUCUGGAGAUUAUCAUAAUGCUGAAAGGCAAUGUCUAUCAGUGUGGCAAGCUGAACCAUCAAAUGUAUCAGUUCUUUUACUUUUAUCAUCUAUAUACUUUCAAAAAAAAGAAUAUGAAAAGUCUUUACAAUUUGCUAGUAUAGCAUUAACAAAAAAUCCAAGUCUUGCGGAAGCAUAUUGUAAUUUAGGAAAUGUUUUCAAAGAACGUGGACAAUAUAAAGAAGCUAUUGAAAAUUAUAGACAUGCAAUAGAAUUAAAAACUCUUGUGUCUAAAGGAGACCUGGAACAGGCUGUUGUUGCUUACUCAACAGCUCUUCAAUUUAAUCCAGCUUUAUAUUGUGUUAGGAAUGAUUUAGGAAACCUUUUAAAAGCUAUGGGUAAAUUAGAAGAAGCUAAAGUUUGUUAUUUAAAAGCAAUAGAAACGAAUCCAUCAUUUGCUGUAGCAUGGUCUAAUCUUGGUUGUGUAUUUAGCAAUCAAGGUGAAAUAUGGCUUGCUAUACAUCAUUUUGAAAAAGCUAUAUCAUUAGAUUCUAAAUUUUUAGAUGCAUUUAUAAAUUUAGGAAAUGUAUUAAAAGAAGCAAGAAUUUUUGAUAGAGCUGUAGCAACAUAUUUACGUGCAUUAGAAAUUCAAUCAGCAACACCUCAUCAAGCUAAUAGUGCUGUUCUUUAUGGUAAUCUGGCUUGUGUAUAUUAUGAACAAGGACAUCUAGAUUUAGCUAUUGAAACAUAUCGUCGUGCCAUUGAUCUCCAGCCUUGUUAUCCAGAUGCCUAUUGUAAUUUAGCUAAUGCCUUAAAGGAAAAAGGUUUUGUAGAGGAUGCUGAAUUAGCAUAUAAUAAAGCUCUUCAAUUAUGUCCAACACAUUAUGAUUCAAAAAAUAAUCUUGCCAAUAUUAAAAGAGAACAAGGAAAAAUUGAAGAGGCAAUUGCUUUGUAUAGAGAUGCAUUAAUAACAUGUCCAACAUUUGCUGCUGCACAUUCAAAUCUAGCUUCAAUUCUUCAACAACAAGGUAAACAUCAAGAGGCAAUAUGCCAUUUUAGGGAAGCUAUUAAAAAUUCACCACUAUUUCCUGAUGCUUAUUCAAAUAUGGGAAAUGCAUUGAAAGAAAUGGGUGAUAUAGCAUCAGCAGUGCAAUGUUAUACAAAAGCAAUAAGUAUUGAUAGUGGUUUUGCUGAUGCUCAUAGUAAUUUAGCCAGUAUUUAUAAAGAUACUGGUAAUUAUCCAGAAGCAAUUAAAUCAUAUCGUACAGCUAUGAGAUUAAAAGGAAACCAAUUUCCUGAUGCAUUUUGUAAUUUAGUACAUUGUCUUCAAAUUAUUUGUGAUUGGGAUGAUUAUGAAUUUCGUAUGAAACAACUUGUAGCAAUUGUGGCUGAUCAAUUAAAUAAAAAAAGAUUACCUUCAGUACAUCCACAUCAUUCAAUGUUAUAUCCAUUAUCACAUGAACAAAGAAAACAAAUAGCAGAACGGCAUGCUCAUUUAUGUUGGGAAAAAGUUCAAGUUUAUCAUAGAGCACCAUAUACUUAUCCAUCUAGAAAUUGUCUUAAACAUGGUGGUAGACUAAAAAUUGGUUAUGUAUCAUCAGAUUUUGGUAAUCAUCCAACAUCUCAUUUAAUGCAAUCUGUACCUGGUCUUCAUGAUCGUAAUAAAGUUGAAAUUUUUUGUUUUGCUUUAUCACCAAAUGAUGGAACAAAUUUUAGGCAAAAAUUAUCAGAUGAAGCAGAACAUUUUAUUGAUCUUUCAAAUCUUACAUGUAAUGCAUCAGCAGCUGAUUUUAUUAAUAAUCUUGGUAUACAUAUUCUUGUUAAUAUGAAUGGUUAUACAAAAGGUGCUAGAAAUGAAAUAUUUGCUUUAAAACCAGCACCUAUUCAAGCUAUGUGGUUAGGGUAUCCAGGAACAUCUGGUGCUAGUUACAUGGAUUAUAUUAUUACUGAUGCAACAACUUCACCAUUAGAAUUAUCUCAUGCAUAUUCAGAAAAAUUAGCAUAUAUGCCUCAUACAUUUUUUAUUGGUGAUCAUAUGUUUAUGUUGGAACAUUUAAAAGAACGGGUUAUAGUUAAAGAUAAAAGUGCUGCAAUUUUAAGUGAUAAAGAUAAUGUAACAGUAUGUAAUGCAACAAAUCUUGAACCUUUACUUAGUAAAGUUGAAUUAAUACCUAAAGUAAUUGAGACAGAAGUACCACAUGCUCCAGAAAAUGAAGUUAAAAAAACUGAAGUUAAAAUGCAAAUUUUAGAAGUUCCAACAACAGAACCAUUAAAAGAUAUGAUAGAAAGACGUGAAAUUGCCGUUAGUGUGGAAGGUGUUCGAGUUCAAAAUGGUCUUGAUACACUUAGUAGAACACAUGUUAAAGCAGCAAAUGGUGAAGAAGUUCCGGAUACAAUUAUUGUUUCUUCUCGAUCACAAUAUAAUUUACCAUCACAUGCAAUUGUUUAUUGUAAUUUUAAUCAAUUAUAUAAAUUUGAUCCAAAAACUAUGGAUUGUUGGAUAGAUAUAUUGAAACAAGUUCCAAAUUCAGUAUUAUGGUUACUUAGAUUUCCAUAUCAUGGUGAAUCAAAUAUCAUUAAAUAUUGCGUAGAAAGGGGUAUUGAUUGUUCACGUAUAAUAUUUUCAAAUGUCGCUGCAAAAGAAGAACAUGUUAGAAGAGGACAACUAGCUGAUGUUUUUUUAGAUUCAUCAAUUUGUAAUGCUCAUACAACAGGUAUGGAUGUAUUAUGGACUGGAACACCAAUGGUAACAAUGCCAAUGGAGACAUUUGCUUCAAGGGUAGCUGCAUCACAAUUAAUGGCACUUGGUUGUCCAGAGUUAGUGGCGAAAUCAAGAAAAGAAUAUGUAGAUAUAGCUGUAAGGUUAGGAACAGAUGUCGAUUAUUUAAAUCAAAUACGUGCCAAAGUGUGGAAAGCUCGAACAACAUCAACAUUAUUUAAUGUUAAACAAUAUUGUACAGAUUUAGAAGGUUUGUUUUAUGAAAUGUGGAAGCGAUAUGAGGAAGGGUUACCAGUAGAUCAUAUUACAAGUAUCAGGCAAAGUUCUCCUUCAAAUACAUAUGAAUCUGAUUAA